AUGGAAGCCUCAGUCCCCUUUGCAUCCCUCCCUCUGCCCUCGGCAAGCGGCACGCAGCGCGGAACUAGCGACCAUCUCGCUGAAGAGGGCCUCACAGCCAGCGAGCACUAUAAAAAGGACGCCGUCACCUUUGGUGCCUCGUGGCCUCUGCUCUGCUGCGCUCUCGCCAGCAAGAGGCUUUCAACCUCGUCGUUGCUUUCUCUGAGAGCCAGCACAUCUCACUCGUGCCUCUACUCCCUUGACCUCCGCUUCUCCGACCCCGAUAUACUUCACACCCCCUCCCGCGCCGCCUACAUCGCUCGCUGCAGCUCCUCUCUCUCGUCCCUCCGCCUGGAGCUUCAAAGCAAAGCAUUUUUUUUCAUGAAGAAGCAGGAGGCAAAGCAUUGGACGCUGGGAUUUAUCAGCAGUUGCUCCCAGCUGCAGAAGUUUAGCCUGGGGUGGGGCAUGUGGGUUCUGAACAAGCAGUGUGCAGGUGCCUCGUGGCUCAAAUCGAUCCACAAGCUGACCUUGGAGAGUGUAGACUUCAAGAAUGUGAAUUUCCAUUUUCUCCAGUCCAUCACUCCGCAGCUGCACGAGUUCACACUCCACGAGGAGAAAGAGUUGAGUCUUGGUCCUCGCCUUGCCUCGCGCACUCUCGCCUUUUCCUUCCCCAACGCCCGCCUCCUCCGCUUCCGCUUUCCUUGUAAGGAGCUCAAGCUCACCCUAACUGUCUCCCCUACGCUCAAGACUCUAUCGGUGAUGGCCAAGUGGCUCGUCCUCUCCUGCAAGAGCACCGCCCCUCUCGCUCUCCACCACCUCUCGCUGUACGGCCAGGAGCGACUCGUCAAUUGCUCCCUCUGCCUUGCAUUCGUCAGGGUUGCUUACGUGGACCGUCUACGCGGACUUAUUCUGGACAGAUUGGCUUUCCACUAUUGCGCCGACUGUGGAGGUGCUUAUAGUGCCACAGUGGAUGCCUAUAAUAAGGGUGAAUGCAGAGUGGAGGAGGCUGAGGAGCCUUGGGAUUAUGACAGUGCUGGUGAGUGGUACGAGCAGGCACGGGCACGCUACCGUGUGCAUUUGGAAAGCAUGCACAGGCUGCAGCUUAAGCAGAACAUGUUUGCCAAGCCGCCUUCCAUCGGCGCUCCGAAUCUGCAAUUCCUCUUCUUCCCUUCUAGCAAGGCAUGCGACACACCCACACUGGCUGCACUGCAGCAGGACUACCCCGCCCUGGCGCUUUACUGUGUGGUGGACCGCUCCUUCUACUGGCACAGAAAGGGCGAGCAUGUGAGCAAUGGGCCACUGGAGAUUGUGAGGAGGGAGAAGAGUGGGGUGUUGUGGGAUGACGAUGUUGGUAAGAAGCGGGCCAAGAAUGUGAGGGAGAAGAUGCACAGUGUGAAUAAGAAGCUGGUGGAGGGGUACACAAUUGAUGAGGAUGAGCUUUACAUGUCUCAAAUCUCCCACUCGUCCAUGCUCCCACACCCCACCCACUUGCAAUCGCAGGAGAGCCAGCCCAUCUCGCUCGUGUACGGCGACCAGAACCCGCACUGGAUGCGAACCGUUCGCUACUUCCUCGUCCGCCCGGGCUUACACUCGCUUCACCUCCGCUGCUCUGACUCGAAAAAACUCCCCACACUUGGCACCUACAUCGCUCGCUGCAGCCACUCCCUCUCGUCCCUCCGCCUGGAGAUACAAGGCGAUGUUGGCUCCUCCAAGGGCCAGGAGAGCGAGUGCUGGAGGCUGGAAUUUCUCAAGGACUGCGCCCAGCUGCAGGAGCUGAAUUUGGGGCGGGGCAUGUGGAAACUCAACUGGCAAUGUGUGAACACGUCAUGGUUCAAGUCAAUCCGCAAGCUGACCCUAGAGCACAUUCAUUACGGGAGCAUGAGCUUCCAGUUUCUCGAGAUUAUCACGCCGCAGCUGCAUGAGUUCACGCUCUAUGAGGACGGCAACGUGCUUCGUGAACAUCCCCGCGUGCCCUUCACCACCACCCUCGCCUUCUCCUUCCCCAACGCACGCCUCCUCCGCUUCCGCUUUGCCAGCACUGAGCUGCACCUCACCCUCACCGUCCCGCCCUCCCUCGAGACCCUAUCAGUCGUGGCCAAACGUCUGGUCCUUUCCUGCAAAAGCAGUGCCCCUCUCGCUCUCCACCACCUCUCGCUAUACGGCCAGGAGCAGCUUGUCGUCUCCUCCCUCCGCCUCGCAUCCACCAGAGUUGCCUACUUGGACGGACCUACCAGUGACCAGGGAGUUUUUUCCUGGACGGAAUUGCUUGGCACUAUAGCGCCAACAGUGGAGGUGCUUAUAGUGAGGCAUGGGGUGCCUAUAAAGAAGGUGGAGGCGGAGUGGGGGAGGCUGCAAAGCCUUGGGAUUGUCGUGCCCCCCUGGGACAAGAGUGCCCGUGUGAACAACUGGGGAAUGGGAAUGGUCUCGGAUGACGAUGAGGGUGAGGAGCAUCUAGACGAUGGCAGGUUGCGCUUCUCUUGGGCGGAUGAACCGGGUUAUUUCGGCUCGGAGCCAGAUGAGGAAGUGGAUGAGGAUGACUACAUGUUUGAUGAUGCUGAUGAGGAUGAGGAUGAUGAUGAUGAUGAUGGUGAUGAUGAUGAGGCUGAGGAUGAUGACGAUGAGGAUGAUGAUGACGAUGAUGGUGUUGGUGACUUUGGUUGUUACGAUGAUGACCGGCUGUUUUGGGCAAUGUAUGGUCCAGAAAUAACAGCCAAGAUUAAGGAUCAGGAGCGGUUGAUGAAGGCCUUCCCCAAGCCGCCGUCCAUCCGCGCUCCGAAUCUGCGGUUCCUCUUCUUUCCCACCCGCAAGGCGUGUAAUGCGCCCGCACUGGCUGCACUGCGGCAGGACUACCCCGCCCUGGCGCUCUACUGUGUGGUGGACCGCUCCUUCUAUUGGGAGAGGAGAGGCAAGACGGUGAGCAAUGGGCCGGUGGAGCAUGUGAGGAGGGAGAAGAGUGGGGUGUGGGAUGAAGAAGUGUGGGAGAUGCGGGCCAAGAAAGUGAGGGAGAAGAUGCACAGUGUGAACAGGAGGCUGGUGGAGGGGUACUGUGCUGGGGAGGACCAGGUUCAUGUGCUGCAGUGUCAGUAG